GAGCCAGAAACGAUACUAAUUACUAUGCGAAUCAAUAAUACUCCACUCCUUUACUUUUUCUGCGAAGGACAACCGAAAACCUUCAACCGCAUCUUGUCCGAAUGACUUCAAAAUGUCCGCCGGCGUGAUGCACCUUCGGCGAUUUGUACGGCGUUUGGUACGGAGAGCUGGUUGACGCCCCCAAACAGGGGCGUCGGUCACUGUUGGUUAUCUACCCACGCGGCUGCCUCCCUCAUCCAGUAGAUCAAAAAACUCCCAGUCGCAUAUAUCCUCUUUCGCCGACAACAAACAUGAGUAGUUCAAUGUCAGCUGACCCGCCGUCAGCCUCACCUUCACCGCCACCAACACAAGAUGCACGCAAAACCAUCACCAACAAUCGCGGAUGGCGAUUCUGGGCCAUUUUCCCGGCUUUGUGCGUUACGGCAUUACUAUCUGCGCUCGAAGCUACCGUUGUAUCAAAUGCAUUAAGCACUAUCACCGCCGAGCUCGACAUGGGCGAUAAUUACGCUUGGGUUGCGAAUGCUUUCUUGUUGACCAGUACUGCGGCGCAACCAGUUUAUGGGCAGCUGGCCGACUUCUUUGGACGCAGAUGGGUUACCAUAUCUGCCGUCGCCCUUCUCAUCCUCGGUAGUGGCAUCGCUGGUGGUGCUAACACUGGCGCGAUGCUCAUCGCAGGUAGAGCCAUUCAAGGUAUUGGUGGAGGCGGCAUUAAUAUGUUGAUCGAUCUUAUCAUUUGCGACCUGGUACCUCUUCGCGAACGGCCAAAAUACCUUGGUCUUGUCGCCAUCAUCUUCGCUAUCGGAACAGGAAUGGGUCCAUUCAUUGGGGGUGCACUCGUACAGCGCGCAAGUUGGCGUUGGGUGUUCUAUAUCAAUCUACCUAUCGGAGGUGUUGCUAUCGUUCUACUCUUCCUAUUCUUGCACACCAACUUCAAGCCAACUACUUUUAAGCACUCGCUCGGACGAUUUGACUACAUUGGCAGCGUUUUAGUGCUAGGCAGUUCCGUGGCUAUUAUCUUUGCCCUGACCUACGGUGGCUCUCGAUACGCCUGGUCCAGCUGGCAUGUGAUCGUCCCCCUUGUGCUAGGCUUGAUAGCCCUCAUUGGAUUCCACGGCUACGAAGCCUCGCCAUGGGUUACCCAGCCUCUACUUCCACCACACCUUUUCGGCAAUCGAACUUCAGCUGUCGCCUUUGUCGCAACCUUUGUUCAGGCCCUGAUGUUUGUUUGGGUUAUAUACUUCCUUCCCAUCUAUUUUCAGGCUGUCCUUGGUUCCUCAUCGAGUCGAUCUGGCGUACAGUUACUACCUACAGUUACUGGCAUCGUUCCGUUUGCUGGCAUUGGUGCUGCAUUUAUAGAGAAAGUCGGCAAAUAUAGACCUGUUCAUUUGGUUGGACUUGCUUUGAUGGCCAUUGGAACUGGAACUUUCGCUCUGCUGGAUGAGAAAUCAUCAACCGGUAUGUGGGUUGGUCUACAGCUCUUGCAGGUGGCAGGAUUUGCUGUCAUUACAACGGCCUUGCUACCGGCUGUUCAAGCACCAUUGACAGACAAGGACAACGCUACCUCAACAGCAGCCUGGGCCUACAUCCGCAGCUAUGGAGCAAUUUGGGGCAUCACUAUUCCGGUGGCAAUUUUCAACAAUCAAUUUGAUCAACGCCUCUACAAGAUCAGUGAUCCAGCCAUUCAAGCUGUGCUGUCUGGAGGAAAUGCCUAUGCUCAUGGAACCAAGGAGUUCAUGUCAGCCCUAUCUCCUCAAGUCCGAUCGGAAACAGUUUCGGUCUUUGUGGAAAGCCUUAGAGUUGUCUGGAUCGUUGCAGCUGCUAUUUGCGGCGCGAGCACGUUGCUUGUUCCGCUUGAGAAAGAGAUACCCAUGAGAACUGAGCUUGACACCGAGUAUGGUUACACAGACGAGGAGAAGAAGACAAAGAAGAAAGGAGAGGUUUCUUUGGAAGGCGUUUAAAGGAAGUUGUCGAGAUUUCUCAUGUUUGUUAUUGUACUCUUGCGUCCCAGGGUCAAUAUGAAGAUCUUG